AGGCGGGGGGCCGGGCCGGUGGGCGGCCGCCGCGCCGCGCACCCAUGGACGGCCCGGCCAUCAUCACCCAGGUGACCAACCCCAAGGAGGACGAGGGCCGGGCGCGGAGCGCCGGCGAGAAAGCGUCCCAGUGCAACGUCAGCUUAAAGAAGCAGAGAAGCCGCAGCAUCCUCAGCUCCUUCUUCUGCUGCUUCCGCGACUAUAAUGUGGAGGCCCCGCCAGCCAGCAGCCCCAGUGCGCUUCCGCCACUGGUGGAGGAGAACGGCGGGCUGCAGAAGGGUGACCAGAGGCAGGUCAUUCCCAUACCAAGUCCACCAGCUAAAUACCUCCUUCCAGAGGUGACGGUGCUUGACUAUGGAAAGAAAUGUGUGGUCAUUGAUUUAGACGAAACAUUGGUGCACAGCUCAUUUAAGCCUAUUAGUAAUGCUGAUUUUAUUGUUCCGGUUGAAAUCGAUGGAACUAUACAUCAGGUGUAUGUGCUGAAGCGGCCACACGUGGACGAGUUCCUGCAGAGGAUGGGGCAGCUCUUCGAGUGUGUGCUCUUCACUGCCAGCCUGGCCAAGUAUGCAGACCCUGUGGCCGACCUGCUGGACCGCUGGGGCGUGUUCCGGGCCCGGCUCUUCAGAGAAUCCUGUGUUUUCCAUCGUGGGAACUAUGUGAAGGACCUGAGUCGCCUUGGACGGGAGCUGAGCAAAGUGAUCAUCGUGGACAAUUCUCCUGCCUCGUACAUCUUCCACCCCGAGAACGCAGUGCCUGUGCAGUCGUGGUUCGAUGACAUGACGGACACGGAGCUGCUGGACCUCAUCCCCUUCUUUGAGGGCCUGAGCCAGGAGGACAGCGUGUACAGCAUGCUGCACAGACUCUGCAAUAGGUAGCCCCGGCCUCCGCCCGCCGCCUGCGCUCUGGAGCCCCCGGCCCUGGGCCCCUGCCUGGCCUCGGCUGCCCGGGAGCCGAAUGUGAGGACGCUCCGUGCUCAGGACACGGGGUGAUUGUGGCCAUACCUACCUGUUUUAUUUUUUAAGAACAGAAACAACUAUUUUAAAAUGAACUCUUUUAAAGAAUUUCAUAAAGGGACACGCAUUUUACUGGAUUUGCUUUUCUUAAAACAUACCAAAAAGAAAAAAAAUGGGGGAAAAAAAAAAGCUUGAUAUCUAUCAGACUUCCUUUCAACUGUCCUCCCUUCAAAGCAGACAACCUGUCCCCUUCUCUCCCAGCUCGGAGCAGCUGACCCAACUCAGAAUCUCUUUCCUACAGGAAGAAGUGCCUUUUUGAAUGUUAUUUUAAGCUGAGAGUUAAUUUUUCUAUACAACAUAUUUCCAGACAUCUUUUAGUCUUUUAUUGUCUUAGAUUCUCUAAAAAGAUAAAGAUGACAAUUUUCUAAAACCUGGGGGUGGGGGAGGGGUAGCGAGGUAUGGGAGUGAGGCACAGGAGCCUGGCUCCCCACGGGCGUGGCGGCCUGCACGACCUGUCGCGCGUGCGCGCGCAGGCUCAGGCUCCUGACCGGAGUGUGUGUGACCGCGUCCGUGUCUCCAUUCAUCUCUGACCCAGUCUGGGGAUGUGUCUGCAACUCUGUGGCUCACCACUUUGGGAAACAGUAGAUUCGUGUAUAUUAUUAUGACUUUGGAUGGUGACAAGUUGGUCUCAGAGUCACACUUUUCCCUUGAAAAGUGACAUCCUGUCACUUCCGCUGUCACACUACUGCCAUACUUCUGUAUGUUUUUCGUUUUGUUGUCGUUUUGGGUAGAGCAGUUACAAAAGACUGAAACCCCUGGAUUUUUUUUUUUUUUUACCUGUUCAUUGAUUUUUUUAAAUCUUUCCUUUCCAAAAGCUGGAUACACAUGGAGCUGUUGGGGAUUUUCUUUGCUGCUACUGCGCUGCCACCAAAUGGAAUUGACCAGCGGCUGUUACACUGUUCUUUGCCACUGUGCCUAUGCUCAGACUCUGCUCACUGCUAAGCUGCACACUCGGACAGGGUUCGAAACAUAGGUGUCCCGCCCCGCUGCGGGCUGCACCAGCUGUGCCCCUCCCCGGCACUGGCCGCGGGCGCUCCGAAGGGCGCAGACCAAGGGCCGGCAUACCCCAGCAGGGCGGUGCUCAUUUUAAACUGCAGUCAGCAUCAGAGCCUCGGAGGAGCUGGCCGUUCUCUCUUGAGAACCCGUGGCCUCAACCAGCCACCACGCUGAUGUGGCCCAAGUCUAUCUCCAGGUCUUCUCUUUUCAAGCACAGCCUCUCUCUGAGCCGGGGGCUGGGGAAACCUGUCUAGAGGUGGGACUCGCUGUCUGUCCCGAGGCAGGGGGAGGAAGGCUCCCUCCCCGCGCCGGGGCUCCCUGAGCGGCCUCUCCCAGUGAGAUAUUUUAAGCAGUGCCAUGUUCCUUGUUUGACAACAAGACAGUUUAUAAAGUAUUGCUCUUAAAAAUAAUUAAAAAGAAACCUUUCGUGUUGGCACCGUUGCCUUAGUCCUCUGUGGGUUGGGCCUCCGCCAGAGUUCUGGUGGGAGCAACUGGCACUAACAAGACUGGAAAUUGGGUGUCAAAGUAAAAUUUCUUUUUUGCUUUCAUUCACAAAAUAAUGAAGCCAGCUGCCAAUCACGUCUUCCCAACAGCACUUUGGUCUGUGGACCGCCUCGCGUUCAGAAGUGAGUAUUCAAGGGUACCCAGGUCUCCCAACAUUCUGAGUGUUCCGAACCCAGUAAUCCACAUGCCAAUUAAAAUAAAAUCGGCCCCUUGCUGGGCAUGACCACAGAUAACGACGGUGACGUGGCAGAUCUGCACAUGCCAUAAACCUUGAUUUGAAAAACUAGUCAUUAAAUGAACCCGCUGCCUUAAAUGUCUUGAAUGUUGCAGUCAAGUGUCUUGUCACGUGUUGAAAUCCACACAGAACUCAGUCCUGAUAUGAGAGCCUUAGACCCUCACCUGUGCCCCUUCUUUGUUGGGCAUCAUGGAGUCUUGUUUGGAAUGGGGGGGCAGAGAGGACAGACAUUCUAGAAUAUUUCAGGGGACAAGAACCUAGAAAUAGUGCCAGAUGGAGUGAGGACACUUGGCAGGCUUGAGCCAGACCCUUCACGCAGUAGUUCCCGAAAGCGCGUGGCGCACUGACGCAGCCAGGGCUGUGGAGGAUGGCGCCGGGCCCUGCCACACGGACACAGGACGUCUCAGGAGGACCAGGGGACCCUCGGAGGGUCCUGGGUUCUGUGCACCUUAUUUGACCACACUCCAAAAUUCCAUUUUUAUUUUCAUUCUUCAUUCUGCUUUAUGUACAUAAUCAAAAUAUCUAUAUAUUUUUAAUCAUCUACAUGUAAAUGAAGCAAUAGAUUUCUAACGUAAGGCCAAGAAAUGAGAUGAAUGUUUGGGGUUUAUGUUUUUUAAGGUAAAUACGGGUAUUGUUUUUAAUUAUUACCUUCUAUUAAAUUGUGGGCUUUAAAAACCUAAUUGAAACCAAUUAGCUCUUUCUCUGUGCCAUAUAUUUCCCAUGUUACCAAAACAUCCCUAACUCUUUAGCCAAAAGAGAAAUCUGACCUCCUGAGUCUCCAUGGUCCCUUCUGUACCAGGUUGAAAUAUAGCCUUUGGACAAGUGUUUUUUACAUUAAAAUCUGGAACAGGAUACCUUGGGUCAUGGAUCCUGGCCCCUAUGAUGCUGUGACAUCUCUGGCCGGGCCUCGAGUGGAGGUGCCCGGGCACGUCUGAGGUCGUGACUGCUCUGUCUUCCAUUGCUCUGAAAUCCUCCGUGUUGGUCUGUGGUUUCACCCGUUAGCUGUUUGUAGACAACACGUUUGUAUGCUUAGAAGGAAUACCUCCUGUCACGGUUGAUGGUUGGUGGGAAGCUCCUUUGACAUGGUGCAACUUCGAUGAGCUGACUCUGGAGAUGACUGAGGAUGCCCUAGUGACACUGACUUGUCAUGGUUGCAGCAUGUGAACUGGGGUAUAAAAAAGAAAUCUGUAAUUCUAUAACCUGGCAACAUUUGACAACCCUGUAUUUGAAAGAUGGCUUUCUAAUAAAAUCCAGAACCACGCAGCCCUAUGGUCAAACACUCGUGACGUUUGUGCCUCUGCGUUUUCAAGGUGCUGUGGUGGACAGUGGCGUGCCGGGGUUCGAGAAGAGUGCGUGGCUUGGGGUGCUUGCAGUCCGUUACCUGUGCCAAACUGACUGGCUGCCUCUGUUCCUAUUUUACUGUAACCUGAUGGUGUCUGGUCCUGUUCCAUUCUCCAGGGAGCUUCUCUGCAGACUAACCCCCCUUCCCCCAACCCCCAAGUAGCGGAGAUGCUGGUGUCUGGGUGGUCAUGGAUUUUUGGACAUUUGAAUGUGAUACGCAAUCCAGCAUUACUCGAGAAAUACUACAUGUGGAAUGUGCACGUUUCCAGGGGCGAGCAUUGUUAAGUCAAGAGAUUUGCAAUGAUUUCCU